AUGACCGAAUCAGGACCUGCGGCAACGGCAGCAGACAGUGCGGCGGCUUCCACCUCGACUUUGGAGACCACUGCGCUGCAGCGUGUCCAUCUGCCCCGGAUUGCUAUCCAGUUCUGCACACAGUGUCGCUGGAUGUUGCGAGCUGCUUAUUUCGCCCAAGAACUCCUGUCCACAUUCGGGACUGACCUCGGCGAAGUUGCCCUCAUCCCCGUAACCGGUGGCAUCUUUACAAUCACUCUCUGGCACGCCGUUCAACCCGAGAGCAGCGCAGCAGGUCACGAGAGUUCCGUGUCGACGCAGGAGACUCUUCUCUGGGAUCGUAAACGUGACGGUGGAUUUCCCGAGGUCAAAGUGCUCAAGUCUCGCGUGCGUAAUGUCAUUGCGCCGAAUCGGGAUUUGGGACACACGGAUCGAGCGUUGAAGAAGGACGAGCAGCAGGAUGCGGAGAAGCAGACCGAGUUGCAAGAGGAGAAUAGGAUGAAGAAAAAGGAGAAAGAUUGUGAAGAUUGCGAGGCAUCUGAUGAGCAUGGGACUUUCAUGACUAUGCUGUUGCUUGGAGGGACAAAUGUGCGUAUCUUCCAGUCAUUUUAUCAGUCUGCGGGGGGUGUUGAAAGAUUAGGAGGGCUCAUUUCAAGCCUGUUUGACAGUGUCUCGCGGUGUGACGUGAAAUGA